CGAAUUACCUUCACCAGCGACAUCACGAUUUGUACAUCACGACGCAACUGGUAUCAUGCCGCCUAUCACCCUUCACACACUGGUCGAUCAAGAACAGACAUUCUAUGGAUAACUCACUUUUUCCUAUUUACCUAUACGCCUAUACAUAGUUCAUUUGACGAACUCUAA